AUGCAACAAUCAGUAUGCUUGCCCAGACAGGUAUUGAUUGAUAUUGUAUUGUACUUGGUGUGGAGACAGAUCAAAGUAGUAAAAGUGUAUUGGUGUUCUUGUUAAAAUAAUAAAAAGUCACUGGUUUUGUUUAAUUUUUAAUAAACAUGUAUUUAAUAUGUAGCAUUUUCAAUUAUCUUUUUCCCUGUUUUUGAGUUCAGGAUGUAUGGAGAUAAGGCAAAGAUGAUAUAUAUUUAUUUGAAUGAAUAAUGUCACAGAGAUCUUUAUUUUUAGCAAAUUAGUAUGUAAGUAGGAUUUAAAUUUUUAAUUGUUUCUGUUGUUUUCUGUUAUUGUCAUUUGUUAUUCAGUAGUUAUUAUUUGCUCUUGUUAAAGUUCUUAGAUUUAAAUGGGAUGUACAAAUCAGCAUAUUUGUUAGGGUUAGGUUAAAAAAACAGUUGCAAUUAUUUGGAUUUCUGUAGCCUCUCACUAGGUUCUUCAAAAUUGAUUUUGGACUGUUGGAAAUUUUAAAUUUCAGGCAAAUGAAGUACUACCAUCUGUAUCUUUUCUUAGUAAUGCAAUAAUCAAUUCAAAGCUUCAAUUUCCCCCCCCCCCCUCCCUCUCCCUCCCUGGCCAAAAUUUUGAUUUAGUGUUCCAUCCAAAAUGUUCCUGUAGUUUUAUUGUGGACCUUUCAGAGUAAUCUGCUCAUAAAAGUGACCUUUUUCCCUUUCAACACCUCCACAGUAAAAGGUAUAAUAGUUAUUUUGCUGGAAAGACUUGAUGGUUCUGGGUCAAAUUCCUCACCCCACCCAGCGAAGUUUAAAGAGCCCACCCUUCCCCCCCUAGAUGUGGAUGACAGCGAUAUGCCCAUGGGAUGCCCAGGGUGGAUGUUAGAGCUUAGAAUUGAUGGGCAAAUAAUUCGUACUAAUUACAGCAUACAGGGGCUCGCAAGAAUACUACUUAACUCUCAGAUAUUCACACGUAUUACAUGUUAAACAAUCUAAUGGGGUGUACAUGUAUCUAUGUCAGAAGUUUUCCAAAUAUUAAAUCAAGAUGCCACAACAAAACGUGCAGUCAGUAUGAAACAGAGAAUUCUAACAUAACCUUAGUUCACUUUCUACAUAAAUUUGCCAGUUAAUAAAGAGAAGCAUACACCUUUAGGUUGUAUUGAUAUUGUAAGGAGAAAUUCUGUCUUGGUCCCUCGUGGGAGUUAAAGGGUUAAACCAAAAGCAUCAGUUGUAAUCAAAUUAAGUUAUCAUUUCAUUACUUUUAUCUCCUAGAUACACAUUGCCAGGGUAAUUUAUAAAUAUCUUUCUUUCAUCAGUACAGAGGCAGUGUGUUUAAUCCUGAUCCAUUUUGCUGUCUAGGGUUACGGUAUAAAAGAUACUUAGGCCUGUUCAUCUGAAACCGAUACUGUAGCUUCAUUACAAUUACAUCACCCAAAUCUAAAAUACGCUUGGAAGUUACUGGAGCAAAUAAAAGGACAAUAUUCCAGCAAGAAGACCCUACUUUUAAAGCAGUCAACGGUCAAAAUGGGAAAGAUAGCAGCAUCAAAGAGCAGAGACCAUGAUAAAAUACCUGUGAUGAAAAAAAAACUAUCAAUAAGUUCUUCCUGAAUGAUAUCCUUGUGCCCUGAUGGUAGUCAGGUAGCCAGAUGGGCGCACCAAAGCUUCACACAAGGGAUUGGGGCUGCUGUCCAUUUCCCAAUUGUUUUGCCACUUGUGUGGAAUUCGUGCUGUCAAGUGGCCUGAAUGUAAUAUCGAAAAGAAAACUUGUGACAGGAAGACAGAUAUAGAAACUCUUCUUACCAAAAUACAAGCAUGGAAAGGAGAGACAGGAAAGAGCAAUAUUAUCUGUUCUGAUGGUCAGUCUGAGUGCCCUGAAGGUGACACUUGCUGUAAACUUCAAUCAGGGCAAUAUGGUUGUUGUCCUCUUCCAAAGGCUGUUUGUUGCAGCGAUGGAGAACACUGCUGUCCCAAUGGAUAUACUUGUGACGUGUCUGCCGGAACCUGUACGCAAGGAAGCAGCAGUUUACCAAUGGUAAAGAAAAUGUCGUCAUCAAAACGAGAAAGUAUAGCGAGUAACAUCGUUUGUCCCGAUGGUCAGUCCGAAUGUCCAGAGGGAAGUACUUGCUGUAAACUGUCUUCUGGUGAAUAUGGCUGUUGUCCUCUGCCAAAGGCUGUUUGUUGCAGCGAUGGAGUACACUGCUGUCCCAAUGGAUACACUUGUGACGUGUCUGCUGGAACCUGUACGCAAGGAAGCAGCAGUUUACCAAUUCUUAAGAAAAUGCUGGCAUUGAAACAAGAAAGUGCAGCGAGUAACAUCGUUUGUCCCGAUGGUCAGUCCCAGUGUCCAGAUGGAAACACUUGCUGUAAACUGCCCUCUGGUGAAUAUGGCUGUUGUCCUCUUCCAAAGGCUGUUUGUUGCAGCGAUGGAGUACACUGCUGUCCCAAUGGAUAUACUUGCGACGUGCGUGCUGGAACCUGUACGCAAGGAAGCAGCAGUUUACCACUGGUUAAGAAAAUGGUAGCAUUGAAACAAGAAAGUGCAGCGAGUAACAAAGUUUGUCCCGAUGGUCAGUCCGAAUGUCCAGAGGGAAACACUUGCUGUAAACUGACCUCUGGUGAAUAUGGCUGUUGUCCUCUCCCAAAUGCUGUUUGUUGCAGCGAUGGAGUACACUGCUGUCCCAAUGGAUAUGCGCCCGGGCGUGUCCUGCCGGGGCCUGUACGCAAGGAGCUUAGCGGUUACCAAUGGUUAAGAAAACGCCGGCAUCAAAACAAGGAGGUACAGCGAGUAACAAAGUUUGUCCCGAUGGUCAGUCCGAAUGUCCAGAGGGAAGCACUUGCUGUAAACUCUCUUCAGGUGAAUAUGGCUGUUGUCCUCUGCCAAAUGCUGUUUGUUGCAGCGAUGGAGUACACUGCUGUCCCAAUGGAUAUACUUGUGACGUGUCUGCUGGAACCUGUACGCAAGGAAGCAGCAGUUUACCAAUGGUUAAGAAAAUUCUGGCAUUGA